AUGGUUGAAGAAUUGCAAGAAUCUUCGUCUCCGAAACCGUCGUCGUCGUCACCGCCGCCGUGGUCGUGCGCAGUCCUUCUGAGGGUAAUGAGCCGGAGGAGUGCGUGGGUGCUUCUCUUCCUGAUAGUGAGUGUGGUUUUCCUGUGUUGUAUAUGGAACUUGGAGAAUCUCAUCUUCUCUUGGUAUAGAUGCCAGUGCCAGCAGUCAUCAUCUUGGUGGACCGCUCUUGAAGCGUCGGUCCUCCUCGGGGCGGCUUUCUGGGCUCUGUUGACCGCGGCUGCUGUCACUGUGGCCGUGCCGGCGAUUGCGGUCGCCUGGAUAACCGUCGUGGUAGGCUUGGCCUUCUCAGGGAAGUCCCAGAGAACUUUGCUCGUCGAAGGCAGGCAGGCAAGCAAAGAGAUCGUCUGGUUUAUCUGCAAAAACUCGUUCAAGGAAGGAAGAGCCGUGGCAGUGGUUUGUGCCGUUUUAGGGUAUUUUGCACUUCUCAAGAAGGGUUAA